GUCAUGUGGAAUAAUGCCGAUAUGCCUAUUAUGAAGAUAAAUUUGUUUACUUACAAAGUACAUUAAACUUUUUAAAUUUUUCUUUUUCAUUUUUACCUUGACAAAUAAACUGCCGGCAUCAGCUCAUAACAUAAUGUUUUUCAGAUUUUCAUUGACUGUCAUUCUGUUCGCUGUUAGUUUUGUAAAUAUGAGUGAAAACAUUAACAUUCCUCUCGUAAUUAAUACAUGGAAAUUCACCAAUGCGGCUGCAAAAGCCUGGGAUGUCAUUUCCAAGCAAGGAGGAUCUGCAUUAGAUGCUGUUGAAGAAGGGUGUUCUCAGUGUGAAAGAGAGCAAUGCGAUUUUACUGUUGGUUUUGGCGGAAGUCCAGAUGAAAGUGGUGAAACAACAUUAGAUGCAAUGAUAAUGGAUGGAUCUACUCAUGAUGUUGGUGCUGUUGCUGAUUUACGACGCAUCAAAAAUGCUAUAUCAGUGGCUAGAAGAGUUUUAGAAAACACUAACCAUACUCUACUUGUUGGGCAUCAAGCUACUGAGUUUGCUAUAAAAAUGGGAUUUAAAGAAGAGAAUUUGAGUACUCCAGAUUCUAUUAAAAAAUGGGAGCAAUGGAAAGAAGGCAAUUGUCAACCUAAUUAUUGGAAAAAUGUGAUGCCAGAUCCAAAGCAUUUCUGUGGUCCUUAUAAAAGGUGUAACACAUCUCAGUCUUUGAGUGACAAUAAUGUGAAAAUUAAGUAUGGUGAAUAUAAUCACGACACUGUUGGAAUGAUUGUUAUUGAUAAAAAUAAGAAAAUUGCUGCAGGCACAUCUUCCAAUGGAGCUAUUCAUAAAAUACCAGGAAGAGUUGGUGAUUCUCCAAUUCCUGGCUCUGGAGCUUAUGUAGACCAAGAUGUUGGUGGAGCAGCCGCAACAGGAGAUGGGGACGUUAUGAUGAGGUUUUGUCCCAGUUACAAUGCAGUUGAGAAAAUGCGUAAUGGAAUGAGUCCAACUGAUGCUGCUCAAGACUCUAUUCGACGUAUUGUUGCUAAGUAUCCCUCAUUUUCAGGAGCUAUUAUUGCUGCAACAAUAGAAGGAGAAUUUGGAGCGGCAUGCCAUGGAAUGGAAGAAUUUCCAUUUUCUAUUAUAAAUCCAUUUUAUGGGAAUGUCACUGUGAAGUAUGUUUCUUGUUUGUAAUGUCUAGUCAUGUAUUUUUGAAUAAAUAUUUUUUGAGAAAUCUG